GGAGUUUUUCCUUCUCGCUUUAACGCGCAUUCGGCCCAUCAUGUACAUUCGUGCAAUCCACGCAGAGUCAGACCUCAGGGUUCUUCGACAACUCAUUCGAGACAACCCUCUAGGGCUGUUGACCACCGCAAUCCAGUCCAAGGAGCAUCCGUUCCUUCAGUCAAGCCAUAUCCCAUUUCUUCUCGACGUCGAGGACGAGACAAGCGAGACAGAAAGCGGCCGACUCCGCGGCCACCUUGCCCGGCAAAACCCCCACAGCAAGACCAUGAUCGAAGCAUUGGCCUCCCAGCCAGAAAAGGGCGGUGUUCUGGAGCACGAUGUCAUUGUUGUUUUCACAGCGCAGGAUCACUAUAUUACCCCAAAGUUUUACACCGACACGAAGCCAUCAACGGGGAAAGUAGUUCCUACUUGGAAUUACGCCGCGGCUCAGGUUUACGGGCGUGCUAAGGUCUACUUCGAUUCUAAGUCUCACGACACUUCUCAGUUCCUCCAGACGCAAAUUACCGACCUCUCCCGACACGCCGAAACAAACAUCAUGGGAUAUGUGGGAGGUGAGCAACCUACAGACUGGAAAGUCACGGAUGCUCCCGACCGGUUUAUCGAACUCUUGAGAAAGAACAUCAUCGGCAUCGAGAUUGAAAUUAAUCAGUUGGAGGGAAAGUUCAAGAUGAGCCAAGAGAUGGGCAAAGGUGACAGAGAAGGCGUUGCAAGCGGCUUGAGCAAGCUGCAGAGUGAUGUUGCCAAGAAGAUUGGUUGUCUCGUGAAACAACGCAGCGAUGAGAAGGAUGGUUAGGCAGAAUCCAGGAAGACUGAGUAAUUGGAUUGCGUUUCAUGUGAAUACUGAACCAUUAUGUUUGAUGCCCAGCGGCGGCUGGGUAUUCGAAAACAGACGCGAGGCGAACGUAUACAUUUUUGACUAUGCUGGGCAUUCUUUGAGUACUGUCUAUUUGUUUAUGAAGACGCGAAACGACACGUGGAGGUACUUCUCUUCCGGUUCCUUCGCGAUUCUUCUUAUCUCCUCAGGCGAUUGCGCGAAUAUUCUAGCUGUCUAAUGAGGAGACGGGCACA